AUGCUGGAGACUGGAGGAACAUGGACUACCAAUCCCAGAAUGCGUUGCAUGGGACCCGCUCACUGCGCAGGCGCCCUUGCCCAAGCCACCGCGAGCCGGACGCGGGGCUGGGCUGGGCUGGGCGGAGCUAGGUCCGAGUAGGAAGGAGUCUCUGAGCUGAAUCUUUGUGGAGUGGAAUGGGGUGGGAGUCCUCCAAGUAGUCUGGAAAAUUAGGCUUCUGAGCCUUAAUUCAUACUCAUAAGCAGCUAGUGAAUUGUAAAAUAUAGUGAAGCAAUGUAGUGUAGUAACUAAAAACCCCAAGCUUUGGAACCAGAUUGCGCCUUUAACCCUAAAGUUGCCGUUUAUUUUGACUGGCGAGUCAUUUAUUUAUUUAUUUAUUUUUAUCUUUAUUUUUUCUGAGACAAGGUCUCACUCUGUCUUCCAGGAUGGAGUGCAGUGGUGCGAUCUCGGCUCACUACAACCUCCGCCUCCCGGGUUCAACCGAUUGUCCUACCUCAGCCUCCUGAGUAGCUGGAAUUACAGGCGUCCACCACCACGCCUGGCUAAUUUUUGUAUUUUCAGUAGAGACGGGAUUUCACCAUGUUGGCCAGGCUGGUCUCGAUCUCCUGACCUCGAGUGAUCCGCCCGCCUCGGCCUCCCAAUGUGCUGGGAUUAGAGGCCUGAGCCACCGCGCCCGGCCAUUUAAUAACUCUUUAAUACUGUUUCUCCUGUAAGAUGAACUAGCUGUGAGAGGUUUCUGGGAUAUUGGUUCACUCAGCAAGGAUGUUUAAAAAUGCCUUAUAUGUGCCAGACACUGUUGUAGCUACCGGGAAUAUGGCGGUUAAAUUAAGAGGGUGAAGGUUUCUGCUCUGAUAGAGUUUAUAUUCUAAGUGUGAGAGGACAGACUAGAUAGAUAGAUGUAAAUUAAGUAAUUAAAUAGAUGAUUUUUACAUACUGUAGAGCUAUAGAGAAAAUAUAGCUGGAUGGGUGAUAGUGACUUGGGGAUGGGGGUGGCUACUCUGGAUAGGGUAGGUAGUUUAAGGAGACAUCUCUGUGCAGAUGUAGAAUGGGCUAGUGCUUUCUAAGAAAUGAAAGAUCAGCGAAGAAGGGGAGCAUAGUGACUGAGGAGUCGUGUGGCAUUACAUGGGGUCUGAGAGUUAUACAGGAACAUGUGGCGCCUGUAGGCCAUGGUGAAGCCUUUUUCUACUCUUCUGGUGAUUUAAAGCCAUUGUAAAGUUUUGAGCAUGGGAGUAGGUAGCAAAAUAAGAUUUAUAUUUUUAUGGGGUUACUCUGGCUGUUGAGAGGAGAAAAAGACAUGAAUCUGGGAGGCCACUUGGGAAGGUAUUGCAGUAGUUCAGAUGAGAGAUGGUGAUAGCUUGGACCCUCAGUGGAGAUGGUGAAAAGUGGUUGGGUCAGAUACACUGUUUGGUGGUAGAAUGAACAGAAUUUGCUCAGGACUGUAGGAUGUGAGAGAGGAGUUAAUUACAGCACUAUGAUUUUUGACCUCAGCACUUCGGUGAAUUGUAGAGUUGUGAGUUGGGUGAGUUCUAAAGUGGGAAAUAUGAGGAGAGGAGCAAAUUUCAAAGGAGGCAAUGAAGAGUUCUGGUUGGAUGUGUUAAGUUUGAACUGUCAAACAUCCAAGGAUGUGAAGUGGACAGUUGGAUAUAUGAUAAGAAGCUCAGGAGUAAUCAAUGAAUAAAUAGUAUUAAAACUAUGGCUCUGGUUGAGAUAGCUUAGGUGAUGACUGUAGGUAGAACAGAGAAAGAUUAGAGUCCUGAGCACACCAAAGUUUAGUGAUACAGAAGAGAAGGCAGGUGAAGCAAAACAGAUGAAGAAAGAGUGACCAAUGUUACACUCUGUUCAAAGCCAAGUGAAGAAGGGAGUGAGAAAGUGUGAAAAGAGAUAAGAUGAGGACUGAGAAUUGUCUUUUGGACUUGAAAAUAUGGAGGUUACUGGUCACUUUGUCAAAUGGGGAUUCCACGGAGUACUGAAAGUGAAAGGCUGAUGGGAUCGGAGCGAAGAGAAUAUGGGAGGGAAGGAAGUCUAAACAGCAAAUAUAGACAAUUUUUGAAAGACAUUUUUUAUGUGCAGAGAAAUGGCACCCUAUUUGUAGGGGAAUGUGGAGUUGGAGGGUUUUAUUUUUAAGAUGACAACUUUUAUGACAUUUUUAUAUGCUGAUCAGAUUGAGAAAAUUAAAAAUGGGUUAUUCAGCAGAGAAAGGGGAUAAUUGCAGGAGCAACUCCUUAAGUAGACUAGAAGGGUACCCAAGUGGAGGAGUUAACUGUAGGAACAAUAACAGUUUAUGUACGGUAGUAGAGUGACGUGUACAGCUGCAAGUAAAUUGGAAGAUUUGAUGAUAGGAAGUUGUGGAACUUCACUUUUGACUUAUUUUUUCAAUUUUUUCAAUGAAAUAAAAAGCAAGGCCAUCAGUGAAGAGAAAGAGUGGGAGAAAAAGGUUUGAGGAGAGAAGAUUCAUUCAGUGAAAUAACUGAAUAGGUGAGGAGGUGGAUUUAAAUGGCUGGGGUUGAGGUCUAGUCAGAUAAGUAUGACGGAAGGCGGGCAAGGGAUUAUUUGCAACAACAUAGAUGAACCUGGAGGACAUUACGUUCUCCAACAUCUUCAAAUAAAGAAGUGGUUAUGAAGAAUGAUCGGAAUAAUGGAGAUAUGAAACCAGUCCAGAAUUUCACAACAAUACCAAUCACACAGGCUCUCAACUACAAUCUGAGCAAAGAAGGGCAUUUAGAAAAAGAACCUUGGAAUGCAUUCAACCAUCAUGGCCCAGUUAAUGUCUCCAUCGAUGGAAUUCCUUGCAUUCUCUUCUGGGCCAAAAGAAUAAUGAUUAAAUUUAAGAAUCAAACCUGGCUGGACCUUACAUAUGAGGCAUUUGGUCAGAAGGUAACAGUGGACCCUGACAACUCAAAUUGCAGUGAAGAAAGUGCUAGGUUGUCUUUGAAGCUUGGUGAUGCUGGAAACCCCAGAAGUCUUGCUAUAAGAUUCAUCCUUACCAAUUACAACAAGUUGUCCAUCCAGAGUUGGUUUAGUUUGCGCCGAGUCGAGAUCAUUUCCAACAAUUCAAUCCAAGCAGUCUUUAACCCAACUGGCCUAUAUGCUCCCUCUGGUUACUCCUACCGCUGCCAACGCGUGGGCAGCCUGCAGCGGGACCAGGCCCUCUUGCUGCCCAGCGACAUGGAUGAUGGGUCGAGCCUGUGGGAGGUCGCUUUUAUUGAUUUCCAGAUCCAAGGUUUUGCCAUCAAGGGGGGACGAUUUACCAAGGCCCAAGACUGCACCUCCUCCUUCUCGCCAGCUCUUCUGAUCGGCCUGGCAAUGUCCCUGGUCCUGCUGCUGGUGUUGGCCUAUGCCCUGCACAUGCUCAUCUACCUGCGGUAUCUGGACCGACAAUACGAUCUCAUCGUCUCUCCUGCCCACUUCUCGCAGCUGAAAGCUCGAGACACAGCUGAAGAGAAGGAGCUGCUGAGGAGCCAGGGAGCUGAAUGCUAUGAACUGAGAAGCCAACAGAUCAGCAAAAUCUAUGUUUAGCAGCACAGGCUGGCCCCCACCACGUCCACAGUGGGCUCCGAAAGUUGUUUCUGUUCUGUGCUAUUUGACUUGUGAAUUACAGAUUUUCACCAAAUGGCUUGAUUACAAAAAAAAUGAAAAAACAAAAAAAGGAAAUAGAUGAUGAAUUAUUUUUGAACCAUCCACUGGCCUACUUAGGUAGACUUGGGGCAAUCAAAAAAUGCAUCUCAGGGAUCCCACAGAGACAAAUAUGACUGUUAGUUGCCUCCAAGUACCCUGAAAGCAAAGGGGUAUUUCAAA